UGCUUUGUGCGGCGUAAAUAAGAAUUUUGUGCGUGUUGUCUGUAAGAUAUGAGCAGCAGUUUCUUUCCCCCAGACCAUGACGGCACCAGCCCCCCUGCAGCGACACUGGCGCUGGAAUUCGGGCGCGUGCUGUUGCGUUUAUACAGGUUAUCCACUGAAUUGCUACCAAUGCACAUCUGACUCCAAUGGACAAUGCACACAGACUACAGUGUGUCCAUCCUCUGCAAACACUUGUCAAAGUUCAACAGUUACUGUCUUCCAAGGAAGUUCUGUGCUGACUGAAACAUCGCUAAACUUCUGCACAACACCUCAACUAUGUAUCUCUGGUUCCAUUAAUUUUGGAAUCGUCAGGACAACAGUGAACACCAAGUGCUGUAGCACUGAUCUCUGCAACAGUCAAAGCACUCCUGCAUUGGCACAAAAUUCCCCAAAUGGGAAACAGUGCUUCAGCUGUGACCUCAAUAAUGACUGCACGUCAGUUAUUAACUGUCUGGGAAAUGAAAACAAUUGCAUCAAUGCUACAGUUUCACAGCGGACCAUGCAAGGCUGCGUUUCUUCAAAUAUUUGUGCUGCUGCUGCUGACGUGUCAGCUCAACUUGGCCUGAAUCUUGGUGUCAACAUAAGCUGCUGUGAUGGAAACCUGUGCAACAAUGCUCAGCGCAUCAUGGAAAGCAUCUUCCUCCUACUGGUGCCUCUGGCCUCCACUUUCCUCCUCUAUUGAAAAUGUAGAGCUAGUCCAGACUGUUCUGCACCUUCUUUCUUCUUUUCAAACCCUGUCCACAGGCCGUGCUGUGCAGUGAUUUACAUACAUUCAGGACCUUGAUCUCUUACACCAAAAGAAUAAAAUUCAGAAUCUAUAUUGUUAAAAACAUUUAAAUUUGUUGUU